UCGGUCUCCUCGACGCUCGCUCGCUCGAGUUUCAAAUCAAACACCCCUUAAGUGACUGACUUUUGACACUUGACGCCGACUGUUGACUUGACGUUGACAGAUUUUAUUGAAAAUAGAUAACUUUGGCGUCUACAUUUUUGAAGCUAUUAAAUUACUUUUAAUUGCUUUUAUAUUUUUAAAUAUAGGCAUAAUGUGAUAUAAACUUUAUAGAUGUAAGAACAAGACACUGUAAAUUGCCAUGAUCCGGACUUUUCGAUUUCCAAUUUUGGGCACAUUGCCCUUUAAUUACACCGUUACAUGACAGGAUAAAAUUACUACUGAUCUAUGGGCAAUGAGACUGCUAGAAAUAAUAUGGAGACUGAAUCAGUAAAAUCAGAAAAUAGUUCAAAAUCAAGACGAUCAAGAAGCCAUAGAGAUAGAAGUAGCAAUUAUAGACAUCAUUCUCAUCGAAGUACCAGGAGUAGUAGAUCAAGGCGGAACGAAGACAUGGCUCCGUUUCAGACAUCAGUGACCUUAACCCCUGAUAAUAGAGAUGGGCAAGAAGUCAUAGAAGUACAGAUUCUUCCUCAAGAUGAUAACUGGGGUGAAAAUACAACUGCUAUUACUGGAAACACUUCCGAUCAAUCUGGUUCUGCUGAAGACGUCUGCAACUGGCCUGGAGAACCUGAUACAGGUUUGGGUUUUAUGUGUCAGAGAUACAUAUCAACUAGUAUAACAUACAUCUUGUCUUUUGUGGCAUUUCUAAGUCCAAUUGCUAUGGUUGUUUUGCCUAAAUUAGGUUUUUUCCCUGACCUUUCUUUGAGAAUAGGACUUGCUGAUAGUUCCAAGUUAUUAGCAUGUGGUGCUGAAUGUAAAGGUCAGUUGGUAUCUUUAGCGUUUAAAAUGGCGAUACUGGCCAUAGGUGCUUGGGCAGUAUUCUUAAGAAAACCUCAAGCCACAUUACCAAGAUUCUUCCUAUUUAGAACAGGAAUUUUGGUAGUAAUAAUGGUAUGUACUUUCGCUUACUGGUUAUUUUAUAUUGUCCAGGUGACUGAGACUGCAAGGGCAGCUACAACUCCAGAAGAAACAGUCGAUUAUAAGGCCUUAGUAGCUUAUGCUUCAAGUUUGACUGAUACAUUAUUAUUCAUUCACUACCUUGCUGUGGUUUUAGUAGAAAUAAGACAUAUGCAACCAAUGUAUUACAUCAAAGUUGUUAGGAGCCCUGAUGGGGCUAGUAGCGCUUUUGGUAUAGGUCAACUGAGUAUCCAAAGAGCUGCAGUCUGGGUGCUCGAAAAAUACUACACUGAAUUUCCAAUAUAUAAUCCUUAUUUAGAACGUAUACCAGUAUCUAAAUCUCGAAAGACUUCUUCUAGCUUUAAGUUUUAUGAGGUAGAUGGUAUAAAUUCCUCUCAGAUCCAGCAGUCUCAAUCUCGGGCUAUGCUAGCAGCACACGCUCGUAGACGAGAUUCAAGUCACAAUGAAAGAUUUUAUGAGGAACAUGAGUAUGACAGACGUGUGAAGAAACGUAGAGCAAGAUUGAUUACAGCAGCAGAAGAGGCAUUUACUCAUAUCAAACGUUUACAUAAUGAUCAAGUCUCUUCCAUCCCUAUGGAUCCUCAUGAAGCAGCGCAGGCUAUAUUUCCAUCCAUGGCAAGAGCUCUGCAGAAAUACUUGAGAGUUACAAGACAGCAACCUCGACAUUCAGUUGAUAGUAUUUUAAAUCAUUUAGCAACUUGUUUAAGCAAUGAUUUGACUCCAAAAGCUUUUCUCGAGCCUUACUUGGUAUGCACACCAGUUUUACAGAAUGAAAAAGAAAAGAAAGAUGUCCAGACUUGGGCUUUGAUCUGCGAAGAAAUUUUAACGAGGCCAAUUAGUGAUGGCGUUUUUUUCCAAUUAAGACAGAAUGACGUAUCUCUUUUGUGCAAUAUUAGGAAAUUACCUCAUUUCAAUAUUACUGAGGAAGUUGUUGAUCCUAAAAGUAACAAAUUUGUCUUGAGAUUGAAUUCAGAGACAUCUGUAUGACCAAUAGAGUACUCGAGGUCCUGUGACAGACUGAUUUGAUUUGCAUAUCUGAUUUGAAAGUAAAUUUAUCAAAAUUUUAAAUAUAUUCCUAUGGUUUGUGUUUUCUUAAUCAUAAGUAAUAUUGAAGUGUCCUUUUGAUAUCAGUUCUAUGAGAGUAUUUGUGUAAUAUUUGCUAUUUUGAUAACUAAUGGUAACUAAGAAAUAAUUUGCAUAAUGCAUCUUGAUUUUAGUAAAUUCUGUCCAGAGCUGGUCAGUAAUUGCCUCGAAAGUGCUUGAAAAAUGUUUCAAUCACAAUAGUGUUUAGAUAAUGAUAUCUUAUAAACAACUUUUAUUUGAACAAUUUUCUUAAAAAUUCGAAUUUUGCACUUUUUCUCAAAUUUCUCGAAUACGAACCAUUUUAGGAAAAUUAUGUAUUGGACAAAAAUUAUGGAGAACAUUGCAAGCAACUUUUAUUUGAAGACCUUUCUUUUCUAAGCAUAAACAUAUAUAUUCUAUAAAAUAGAAAAACGACCUUCUAUAAAGUACCCCCCAGAUGUUCCGACUAUGCUAAAAAUCUAAUUAGCUUACCGCAUUUAAAAUUUGGUGUUUCUCUGUAUCCAUUCAUGAGUUAUCGAUUAUACAGACACUUCAGGGGACUCGCAAAGUGUAAAAAUCCGUCGAAAAUUUGAGAUCAAAAAAAUCAUGAUUUCAAAACUUUCCUUAUCUGUAUACAGACAGGAAAGUAAUAAGUGCUUGGUAAUUGUUAAUUGAAUAUCACAUUUCAAGCCAUUUAAAGUGAUUGCAAGCACUCAAAAGAGCUUGCAAGCACAAUUAGAUUUUAGGUGCUAGCUUAUGAAAUAUUAUGUUUUUUGCAUUUAAUUUGUUGCUUUUCAUUUUUAUAGACGAUACACAAAUACCAGUUCCUGCACGUUAGUUUUAUCCUCGUCACAUAAUAUGACGUCACGUGGCAUAAAAAUCCGACGCAUCUACAUAGAUAAAUACAACUAACGAGAUGUUUUCGAUAAUAAAAAACUAACAUUACUUCAUUGUUAAAGGUUUUUGUUUUUAUGAAGUGAAAGUAUAAGUACAAAUAUGCACAAAUUUCAUUUACAUUUAGUCCAUUUAUUAUUGCAUCAAAAACAAAAAUAAGAUAUGUGAUAAAGUACAAUGAGCAAAGACACUUCAUUUUAAAGAAAUACAUCUUACAUAAGUUCAUAACAAAGAAUGUCAAAAAAUAAUGCACAAUUUGAACAAACAAGAUUCGAGUAAAACCACUACACUAUAUCUCAGAAUAUUGUGGGGGAUAAUUUUUUUGAGAAAAUGCAAAUACUGAUCCAAGUACCAGUUUUUUGGGGGUGUUCGGGAGAAGGCUCUUAGGAGGUAAACUGUUGUUCAAAAACACUAAAUGCUUCAAUUGUUUUUAAAAUUCCAAUUGCUUCAUCCCGCUGUCUUCUUUUAGCUGAUCGCAGAUUAUUUCUUAUUGCCUUUUCUGGAUUGCUGCGGGAAAUUUGGGAAUACAAAAUAAAAACUACAAUG